CAUUUGACUCGUGAGUGUCGUGACUGCUCACUUCUUCUCUGUCUGCGAAAAAACAAAGUGGCCUGUCAUCUCUCUCCUUGAAUAUAUAUUUCUUUCUUUUUCUAUCUGCAGAAGCUACUUACUAUGUUCUUCUUCUAACUUCUGUUCCCAAAUUUCCGGUUUUUUAUUCUCUUCUUCACUCAAAUUAUGCCCAUAAUCUUGAAAAGUAUUUAGUACGUUGGUGGUUGGUAUAUCUUUCUCCAAACAAAACCCCACUUGUAUUUCUUUUCUUUUGAUCCUUGAUUUAUAUACAUUUGGGGUUUUGGGUUUCGAUCAUAAACCCUUGAUUAGUUCAUACACUUCCCCCCCUCAAAUCAAGGGUUUUUUUCUUGAUUUUGAAGCAUUAUUUGUCGCAGAAGUUAAAAAAUUCCUUUACUGGGUGCUGGAUAUUUAGUAUCUUUUUCAGUAUAAUCUUUCCUCUCCACUCACAACGAAGCAUAUUCCAUGGAAAUUUGACCGAAAAAGUAGUGGGGUUUCAUCAUAAUUCAAGAAAAGGGAGAAAUUUUGGAUUUUUCCCCUUUCUUUUUUCGUGGGAACCCAAAAAAUGGCGAAUUUGUGCUUGUUCUUGAUGUUGAUAAUUGGGGUUCUUUCAUGUUGCCAAAAGCCUGCAAGUUCUCAAGUCAUCAAUGGCGAUGAUGAUCUUUUCACUUUGUUAGCCAUUAACAAGGAGCUUAGAUUGCUCGAUUGGGACGAAAACGGGCUCAAGAACAGCUCAAAUUACUGCAUGUGGCCUCACAUUACUUGUACCUCCGAUCAUUCAUCUGUCGAAAAGCUUGUUCUUUCUCAUCUAAGCCUACAAGGUAAUCUCACUUUACUCUCUCAACUCAAGUCAUUAAAAUGGCUCGAUUUGUCCUUUAACACCUUCCAUGGAUCGAUCCCACAAUCUUUGGGUAACCUUUCGGAACUCGAGUUUCUUGAUUUAUCUUACAACAAGUUCGAUGGUUCAAUCCCUGCUGAGUUGGGCAAACUCAAAAAUCUCAAAUCUUUAAACCUUUCAAACAAUUUACUCAUAGGACCAAUACCCGAUGAGCUUGAAGGGCUUGUAAAAUUACAAGAUUUCCAAAUAUACACCAAUCAUUUGAACGGAAGUAUACCCAUUUGGGUGGGAAAUUUGACGAAUCUUAAGGUGUUCACAGCUUACGAAAACGAGCUAAAUGGCAAAAUCCCCGAAACUUUAGGUUCUUUAUCCGAACUUCAAUUGUUAAACCUUCAUUCCAACUAUCUCGAAGGAUCGAUUCCCAAGAGUGUUUUCACUAACGGAAAAUUAGAGUUUUUGGUUUUGACUCAGAAUAAACUUAGUGGUACUUUGCCUGAAGCCAUCGGAAACUGUAAACAUCUUUCCAGUAUCAGAAUCGGUGACAAUGAUCUCAUCGGGAACAUCCCAAGAGAAAUCGGGAAUCUUAGCAGCCUCACUUAUUUCGAAGCAGAUAACAACAAUCUUUCCGGUGAGAUUGUGUCGGAGUUUGCUCAAUGUACUAAUCUCACCCUCUUAAAUUUAGCUUCAAACGGGUUCACCGGAAUCAUACCUUCUGAUCUCGGUGACAUGAUCAAUCUCCAAGAACUGAUUCUCUCCGGGAACAGUCUUUUUGGAGAGAUUCCCGUUUCUGUUCUUUCCAACAAGAAUCUUAAUAAGAUUGAUUUAAGCAACAACAGAUUCAACGGAAGCAUACCUCAAAGUGUUUGUAACUCAUCGAGAUUACAAUACUUGUUGUUGGGACAGAAUUCAUUGAGAGGGGAAAUACCGAAUGAAAUCGGGAAUUGUGUAAAGCUUCUAGAAUUACAGCUGGGUGGUAAUUAUCUAACCGGAACAAUCCCCCCUGAAAUCGGUCGAAUCAAGAAUUUGCAGAUCGCUUUAAAUUUAAGCUUCAAUCAUCUUUCCGGAUCUUUACCUCCCGAUUUAGGAAAACUCGACAAAUUGGUAUCUUUAGAUCUUUCAAACAAUCAACUCACAGGCAACAUCCCAUUGGCGUUAAAAGGUAUGUUAAGUUUAAUCGAUGUAAACUUUGCAAAUAAUCGCCUCUCGGGCCCCAUACCAACUUUCACCCCGUUUCAAAAGAGCCCAAAUUCAAGCUUUUGGAAGAACGAAGGUCUUUGUGGGUACCCAUUGAAUUCCUUUUGCGGGAAUUCAAACGGGUCGGAUCCAUCGUUUCAUCACAAGGUUUCUUACCGGAUCGUGUUGGCGGUUAUCGGGUCGGGUUUGCUGGUGUUUCUAUCCGUUACUGUGGUUGUUCUUUUGUUCAUGAUGAGAGAGAAGCAAGAAAAGGCUGCGAAAACGGUUGGAAAUGAAGAUGAAGAAAUCGAUGAUAAUACAAACAAACCCUUGGUAAUAUGUGGAAAUGUGUUUGUUGAGAAUUUGAAACAAGCAAUUGAUUUUGAUGCGGUUGUGAAAGCAACACUAAAAGAUUCUAACAAGAUUAGUAGCGGGACGUUUAGUACAAUCUACAAAGCGGAAAUGCCUUCGGGUUUGACUUUAUCAGUCAAACGGCUUAAAUCGGUCGACAAAACUAUCAUUCAUCAACAAAACAAGAUGAUUCGUGAGCUCGAGAGGCUUAGUAAUCUUUGCCAUGAGAAUUUGAUUAGACCAAUUGGGUUCGCGAUAUAUGAAGAUGUGGCUCUUUUGUUGCACGAGUUUUUAGCCAAUGGGACAUUGGUUCGGUUUUUACAUGAGUCUAGUAAGGAACCCGGGUACAAGCCUGAUUGGCCUAUGAGGCUUUCGAUUGCGGUUGGGGUUGCGGAAGGGUUAGCUUUUUUGCAUCAUCUUGCUAUCAUUCAUCUUGAUAUUUCUUCGGGAAACAUUUUUCUAGAUUCCGAUUUUAAGCCGUUGGUUGGUGAAGUUGAAAUCUCGAAGCUUUUGGAUCCGUCUCGUGGCACGGCUAGUAUUAGCGCGGUUGCAGGCUCGUUUGGUUACAUUCCUCCAGAAUAUGCAUACACAAUGCAAGUAACGGCUCCAGGAAACGUGUAUAGUUUUGGGGUGGUAUUAUUGGAGAUACUGACAACGCGGGUCCCGGUUGAUGAAGAGUUUGGGGAAGGUCUGGAUCUGGUGAAGUGGGUUCAGGGUGCACCGGGGAGAGGUGAAACCCCGGAGCAGAUACUGGACGCGAAGCUGAGCACGGUUUCAUUUGGUUGGAGAAAAGAAAUGCUUGCAGCAUUGAAGGUGGCUCUACUUUGCACAGACACCACACCAGCAAAGAGACCGAAAAUGAAGAAGGUGGUGGAAAUGCUUCAAGAAAUCACAGAAAAUAAGUGAAAAAGAAAAUGAGAUCUUUUAGGUGGUUUUUGUAUGAUAGAAGUGGGAGAUUGGGUUAUUGUGUAUGUUUAUGUUGUAUGAACUUGAAGAAUUGGACAUAUACGUAGCCUUAAAGUGUAUUAUGGAUGUAAGUUUUGGCUUUCCCACUUUUAUGUAUGAGGAGAUUAAUGUCGUUCCUUA